ACUCGCCCCUCCUUCCUUGCCUCGAGCCAUCCGUCGACAAGGGUUCUCGGAGUCGAGGUCGGCAGCGUUGCGGUGGUCUUGAAUCGGGAGUAGGCAAGACCUGAGGGCCCGAUUUCUCAUUCGGUUUGGGGAAGAUCGAUUAGGGUUCGGUCGGCAAGAUGUUCGGGAGGGCGCCGAAGAAGAGCGACAACACCAAGUACUACGAGAUCCUCGGGGUACCGAAGGACGCGUCGCAGGAGGACCUCAAGAAGGCCUACCGUAAGGCCGCCAUCAAGAACCACCCCGAUAAGGGUGGCGAUCCAGAGAAGUUCAAGGAGUUGGCCCAAGCUUAUGAGGUUCUGAGCGAUCCUGAGAAACGUGAGAUUUAUGAUCAGUAUGGUGAAGAUGCCCUCAAGGAGGGAAUGGGUGGUGGAGGUGGCCACAACCCAUUCGAUAUCUUCGAGUCGUUCUUCGGUGGAAAUCCCUUCGGAGGUAUGUUUUUGGCCAUGUUUGCUCCACCUCUUAGCAUGAGUGAUGUUCUCCCAGGCCUUGAUCAUACUUAUAAACAUACUUGUAAAGUGUUUAUAAGUAUGUUUGUUUAUAAGUAUGGUUGUGAAAGAAAUUUACCCUGAGUUCUGAAGGGGUCU